AUGGAUCGCACGCGGCGAGGAGCGCGCGCUCCCCGCCGCGCACUUGGAUCGCGCGCGGCACGUCUACACUUCACGCUCCGUGGAGCGCGCUCCAUGCCGCGCGCGAUCGGAGCGCUUUGGAUCGUCUGGUGUGGAUCCGGCUAUGCUUUGCCACAGUGGCAGAUCAUCAGUCGGCUGCCUGUGCUUAUACGGUGUGAUCGUGAAUUCGUGAUGGAUCCAAUAGAAGUGGUAGCUAUUUAUGAGGCAUUAGAAGAAGAGAGAAGAAGAAAACGUAAAUAUUGGGUUCAUUCCUUAAAUACUCUUCGACUAGAAAUUGGGCAAUUUCAUACCCUGCACAUGCAACUAAGACUUAAUCCACAUAUAGCAUUCGAAUAUUAUCGUAUGUCCAUACAAUAG